GGGCUGAGCUCGCCAGCCUGGUGCCUGCAGCCGGAGCCGGCCUCCGGCUUGGCGGGCAGGGGCCAGGUGUCCUGGAACAAGUGCGGCCCGGGGGGAGACUGGCUGCCCGGCGGCAGGCAGAAGGUCUGCGAGCAGAUGAGCUCCGAUGUCCGAGAUCUCAACGCGCUGCUGCCCUCCGUGCCCUCCUUGCCGGGUAACAGCAACUGCACCAUGCCGGUGAGCAGCGCGGCGCAGUGGGCUCCCGUCCUGGACUUCCCCCCGGGGGCCUCCUACGGCUCACUGGGGCCGCACUCCUUCAUCAAGCAGGAGCCGAGCUGGAACGGAUCGGACCCGCACGAGGAGCAAUACCUGAGCGCCUUCACCGUCCACUUCUCCGGCCAGUUCACGGGCACGGCCGGGGCUUGCCGCUACGGGCCCUUCGGCGCCCCGCCGCCCAGCCAGCCGCCCUCCGGCCAGGCUCGGAUGUUCCCCAACGGGCCCUACCUGCCCAACUGCUUGGAGAGCCAGCAAGCGAUCCGCAACCAGGGUUAUGGCACCGUGGCGUUUGACGGGACCCCGAGCUACGGCCACACGCCGUCUCACCACGCCGCGCAGUUUACAAACCACUCCUUCAAACACGAGGACCCCAUCAGCCAGCAGCCCUCCCUAGGGGACCAGCAGUACUCGGUGCCACCCCCGGUGUAUGGUUGUCACACCCCCACUGACAGCUGCACGGGCAGUCAGGCCCUGCUCCUGCGGAACCCCUACAACAGUGACAAUUUGUACCAAAUGACCUCACAGCUUGAAUGCAUGACAUGGAACCAAAUGAACUUGGGCUCCACACUGAAGGGCCAUACAGCAGGAUAUGAAAAUGAGAACCACAGCGCUCCCAUGUUAUACAGCUGUGGGGCCCAAUACAGAAUACACACCCAUGGAGUUUUUAGAGGCAUACAAGAUGUCCGACGGGUGCCAGGAGUAGCUCCAACUAUUGUCCGAUCAGCAAGUGAGACAAAUGAAAAACGUCCCUUCAUGUGCGCGUACCCUGGCUGUAACAAGCGAUACUUUAAGUUGUCCCAUUUACAGAUGCACAGCAGAAAGCACACUGGUGAAAAACCUUAUCAGUGUGAUUUUAAGGACUGUGAACGGAGAUUUUCUCGUUCAGACCAACUCAAACGGCACCAAAGACGACACACAGGUGUGAAGCCCUUCCAGUGUAAAACCUGUCAGAGAAAGUUCUCCAGAUCUGAUCAUCUGAAGACUCAUACCAGGACUCAUACAGGUACCACCAGCACUGAUGACCACUAGUUAACCUGUCCAGGUCUUGACCACAAUUUAUCCAUCUCACUUGGGAAUCAUACUGGCAGCAGCAAACAGUGUCAAGUUUCAUAUUGUGCUAUAAAGCAGUUGCUUCAAUCAUCCGUCUUCUUACCAAACUCUUCCUUUUCUUUUGACCUGUAAGAUUUGUGUAAGAAUUUUACAGAACAGUAAAAUCCAGUUUAUAAAUUGCAGUACUGGCCUUCUGUAGAAUUGUGCUGAAACCAUAAGCACAAAUAACUUCUUAGAUUAGGAUGUCAUAGACUGACUUUUAAGUAAAAGUUAACUCAGAGUUGGGGUGGCUUAAAUCAGUUCAGCAGGUUGAAAAAGACAGUCUUUCUUAGAUGAUGAAGUGUGAAAAUGAAGAUAAAAAAAAAUUACUGUUUCUUUGUCAUACUGCCUACUUUUCUUUGGAAGUAAGUACAGCCUGCCUCAACACCCUUUGACCUUGCAAAAUAUUUGUAUCUCUUUAGCAAAAAUCUUUAAUGUAUCUUGCCAAGCUUUUUCUCUAAUGUACACAAUGGAGUUCUAUGAUGGGUUGAGCUUUCUCUCUUAAAGUGCAGCUGCAUCGUCAAGAAAACUCAACAGUUAAUUCUUCAAGUCCUCUUUUUCGCAUGGGUAUUGCAUCACUGUUAAUUACUGUUGGGGUACUGUGACUCAUUUGUAUCAGUCAACUUUAUCUUUUGCUGCCAAAAGCCAGCAUCUCUCUGGAGAAACUCAUAACAAGUGUGGCAAACAUCAAAUAUUUGGAGUGAAUGGUGUACCUAAAACUGCACAGAAUUAAAAACUAAAGCAACUCCUCCUUGCUUUCUUGAGAGAAAAGUUCAGUCGCAAUAACGAUGUCCUCUGAUUUACCCAGCAGUCUUCUGCAACUACAAAACAAUCUGGUUUUCAGCCUGCACCCAAAAUAGAGCGCUGCCAUGAGUGUUUACACUAAAAGCCAAAAAAAGAAAACUCAGCCUCCAGUUGUGCCUGCAUUAGUCAAACAUAAAUAAAACUAUCUUUUGUGAAAUACAACCAAACCUCUACUGCAGCGCAGGCCAGACUUCCAGUAAGCUGUAAAUAACUACAGCCAUGGUUUUGCUGCUUAGCGAAUUGCAUACCAAACAAUAAUGAUGGAUGGCUGCAAAAAAUGAAGCGUGGGUUGAUGAAUGACAGAGCAUGUCCUUUUGUUUUUGCUGUUGCCACUUCUUCAACGGAAGUACUUACUGCUACUCCACUGUUUGAUUUUGAUGAUCAUUGCAACCUCCAACCUGCCGAGUACAGUGAGGACAAUGGUAAAUGUGUACAAGUUGUUUUAAAAUUUUUAUUCCCAGUUAUUUUACAGUCUUUGUCAUGAGAGGCAUUUUAUGUCUCCCCUUUCAUUUCCUUGUUUUCAGGAUUCUAUCAGUAACGUAAGCCACCUUUACUGAAGUGCUUUCCUACAUGAAUUUCUUAGAAGCAGCCCCCAGACACUGGUUCUUGCAGCAUGCAGCAUAUUCCUCAUUUUUCAGCAAGCAGAAACUGUGCAGCAGGCCAAGUCUCUGUGAGCUUGACCUCCAUAUGAAGGAUGAGGGGGCUGCACUCUAUUAUAUCUUACAAGUAUCCUUAGCUCUCUGGAAAAUUUUCAGUCCCACAAUUAAUUGAGCAAAUCUUUCAUGCCUCUGCCCUCUGUUCUUCAACUGAAAAUAGUGACCAGUUGUUUUGGCUGAUGGUUAAUGUCUUACUGUGAUUGGCACACCAUUCCUGUCCUGUAGCUUCUAUAGCACCCCAGAAUAGAGCAUGUUCGUUAUAGAGACAACACUUCCAGUUUUUCUUGUCGCUUCAUGAUGUACAAGAUAUGUUGGGCAGGAAAGGGAAAGUGAUCUCUUCUUCGAUGGUAUCAGCUGGGAUUCAAGAAUUCACUUGCACCAGUUUUUUCAAGGUAGGUGAAUCCAGCAAAGGGUCCCUUCUACUCUGGGAAAACACGAGAGCUAACGUGCCUGAAUUGUAACCACAUGGUCUGCUUCUGGUGCACAUCAUGUUCUUUAAGGAUACGGACUGUACUGAACAAACAGGGAAGGCAUUAACUUGCUGCAAUUAGGCAACCGACCUGAAGGCGAGUCCGUCCUUCAGACAGGUGCCGAUUCCUGGAAGGGAAGGGGGGACUUGCAAAGAAGUAGCGCUUUCCUUCUUUUUCCUUGGUGGGUUAGGGGAGUUGUUCAUUUUAGAAGCCACUCCAGCCAGGCCUAUCUGUUUCAGGAUGUCAGUAGGACUCUUUUCACUGCUCCACCAACCAACCUUACAGCAACCGGGAACAGUUCCUGAAGAUGCAGGUAGGUGCCUUAAACCAGUGUUUCUUCCUCCUUCCCUUUCCCUAGGCGACAGGCACUGGAAAACCCUGUCAUGCACAGUCUUUUCCUGUCAUCAUUUUGACCUGACAGCAAAUCCAAUAUGGUAAGCAAGCUGCUCCCAGCACCUUGUCCAAAAGCCCGACAAGGCUCUGGAGUGGAUCGAGAGGCUCCAGGGAGGCAGCCACAGCCACACACCUCGGGGCUGCCUGAACUGAGCAGGAGGUGGGUACACAAAGGCCACCAGCAGGCACAGGUAUGCUGCCAGAGGGCGUGAACAAGUUCUGCUGCUCGGUCCUGCUUGAGCCCUGUUUGUACCUUCCCACUGGGGCUGGUACAGGCAGGGAGAAUCACUCAGCUUUUUAGUUAGGGAACUCUUUGUUGCUUGGGGAAAAUCCUCCUUCCCCCCCUUCCCCAAUUAACAAAAAAGUAAUUAAAAGCAGUGUAUGUAGUUCAGAAUGGCACUAAUGGACAAGAAAGCCCAGCUGCAAUAUUUGGGUAGAUCCAAUAAAAGAUUCAUUAGAAUUCUUGUAGUUAUUGGAAGUCCUGAUGACACA